AUGAUUCGUGCAAGCCGGAUUGAUGAUGACGAAUGGAAGCGAGAUUUAUUACUGCACUAUGCGGGACCGAGCGUUCAGGAACUCUUCGAUACAUUACCCGAGGUACCAGGAAUUAACGAACGUGGACCGUUGCUGAAUGUUGAGCAUUAUACACCGAAUAUGACUGCUUACGAUGAAGCUAAAAGUAAGUUGAAUGACUUUUUCUUGCCAAAGGAAAAUUCUACCUAUGAACGACACUUGCUACGUCAAAUGAAGCCACGAACUGGGGAAAAUAUUGACGCCUUCACUAUUAGAUUACGCGUUCAAGCAGAACGUUGUGGGUUCGGUGAUGGAGCGGAAGAAAAUAUAAAAGAUCAAAUUAUUGAGAAGUGUGAAUCAACUAAACUACGUCGCGAAUUACUAAAACAAGGGGAUGUCAAUCUCGACCAGGUGUUAGGAAUAGCAAAAAUUUUCGAAACCGUCUCUCAACAAGAAAAAUCGUUUGCCGGUGUAGGUGAACUGAAAUCACAGGAUGUUAAUAAGAUUGAAACAACAUAUGGAAAAAGGAAGAAAUUCGACGCGCCGAAACAGUUUGAAUGUCAUCGUUGCGGUUACUUUGGACAUGUUGCUAAAGAUGAUAGUUGUCCAGCAAAAGGGAAGCUAUGCAAUAAGUGCGGUGGAAAGGACCAUUUUCAAAAGAAAUGCCGUAGCAAGCAAUCAAGGAAUGAGUCGAGGAAAACAAAUAGUAAUCCAAGAUUUGAAAGCCGAGUAAAUAUUAAUAAUACUGAUAUGGGCCAUAAGAACGACCAAAUGAACGUUGUAAAGCACAUAGCUGAUGAACAAACUGAAUACGUUUUCAACAUUACAACAUUGGAUGGCAAUGUAGAAAUUCGGUGUGAAAUAGGUGGCGUUACUGUUUCAGCAGUGAUAGAUUCCGGUUCUAAGUAUAACUUGCUUAGUGAAUCAAAUUGGGAAAGAUUAAAAGAAAAAAAAAUAAAUGUGUCAAACCAACGUCGAGAAGCGUCAAUGGUGUUCAAAGCUUAUGGAGGACAAUCGUUACAGCUAAUUGGUGUGUUUACAGCUACGGUCAAGUUGAGUGAUGCUAGCUUAUCGACUGAGUUCUAUGUUAUAAAAGGAAAUGGUAAAAUUUUGAUUGGACGAGAUACAGCAAUGGCUAUGGGUGUCCUAAAGAUAGGAAUGCCUGUUAAUAAAGUAGAAGUUAAUGCUGAAAGUAAGAAGCUAGGAACAAUCAGAGAUAUAAUCGUAGAUAUUCCGAUUAAAGCAGAUGCUGUACCAGUUGUUCAACCGUAUCGACGAAUACCGGUGGCUUUAGAGAAGGUAGUGGAUAAUAAACUGGACAACUUGCUUGAGCAAGGUGUUAUCGAAGCGGUGAACGAACCAGCGAAAUGGAUAUCUCCUAUAGUAGUGGUACCCAAAGGAAAUGAUGGCGACGUGCGCAUAUGUGUAGAUAUGCGUCGAGCAAAUGAAGCUGUAGAAAGAGAAAAUCAUCCUUUACCAACUCUUGAAGAUUUUUUGCCACAUUUGGCAAAGGCAAAGGUUUUCUCUCGUUUAGACGUAAAAAAUGCUUUUCACCAGGUAGGUGAUGUGUCUGACGAUAUUUAG